AUGAGUUCCACACGUAUAUACCAUAACAUCUCGCGCACGCCCAUCACGUCCACAAUCCUCCUUAUCUUUGCCAACUACGAACUAUGGCGGAUCCACAGGGGCACCCACCCCUACUGGAGUCCUAAAUUUGAACAGGCAGGCUUGACUGCACCGCGCAACGAGGCCAAUUCAAGCACUCCCGAUAAUCGUGCUCCGGCGACUCGGGCGGAAGCUGGACGAGAGUUGCGCGGAGUCUCGAUUCAGUUCAUGAAUCUAAAUGGCGUUCCCAUACCUUUUCUCGGACCCAAGUCGAUGGACUGA